UCCUUAGACCAUGCUAUGCCUCAGGCGUCUCUUCCAGCUGGUCGGUCGCACUCGCUACCUUGUAUGGAACACCUGAACUACACUGCGUCGGGGGAAGUGCUGUCGUCAAGUGGUCCUCAGUACAACGUCUUAUUGCAGUGGAAAAUGCUGUGGCGAGGAGUGAUUUUUUUGUUUAUUUGCACGGCGGAUGGCCAAAGUCUUCCUACAGGCAACUGUGGCUCUCGGAGUGACUGUGGCGGAUACCUCAGCCUCACUCGACGGAAGAGUGACCCUUCGUUAAAGCCUUUUUUUGACACGACCCUGGGCAAAGAGAUACUGAAAUUCACUACCAGAUGCUGCAAAUCACCUCUUAUCCCAUCGGAGCAAGAAUGUGGCUUCCCAGAACCUUCAGGGCCUUUGAAUGAUAUCCAGAGGCGUGGCGCAUGGCCGUGGUUUGCGGCUCUCAGCGAAUACCCAGGCAAGAACUUUCGCCCGACGUCUGGGGGAACACUUAUCACUCGACGCCACAUUCUCACUACUGGUCACACUUUGCUUGGACUCUUUGACCCACAACCGAAAUACGCUCGUCUUGGAGAAUACGACGUGAGUGUUGAGAACGACGCAGAUUACGUGGAGUUGGCGAUUGUGAGGUUCAAGGAAGCGGGAUACAAUGCUGAUACAAGUAGAGACGUUGGUGUCAUCACUUUAGAAAGAGACGUUGUGUUUAGUGAUUUCAUACGACCAGCCUGCCUGCCUUUCAACUACAAGGACGAGGACUUCGUGAAUCAACAUCUAGCCGUUGUUGGUUAUGGCCGGACUUCGGAUGGCCGCUUAUCGAACCUGCCUGUAGCUGCAGUGGUUCCGGUGGUUGACUUGGCUACAUGCAGACAGAGGUACAGAAACAGUCAAAAAAUCUCAGACUCUGUCAUAUGUGCAGGGGGUUACAAUGACGCAUGCACGGGUGACAGCGGGGGGCCACUCAACUUCUUUGACGUCAACACCCAAAGGUUCUACGUAGUUGGCCUCGUGGCAUUCGGGGCGGUUGACUGCGGACAGACUGAUAUACCCGGCGGGUACACGCGCGUUGGAGCCUUCCUCGAUUGGAUUAAUGACGCUAUCAUCAGUGAUACUGCUUGAAAUAAAAGGAGAUAUGCGGCCGUGAUAGCCUCCGGGCUAGUACAGCGGUAACGUGUUGGCCUCUCAUCCGAGGGGUCGGCGGUUCGCGCCCCGCCCAUGCGCGAGAAGUUGCAAUUGUCGCCCGGAAGUUACUGCUGUGGCUGGGCACCACGGUGGGUAAGGACUGGGUUCAGCCGAGUCAGCACCAGCUGACACAUGUGAGCGAGUCGGCAUUAGUCGACACAGGCCGGGCUCACCUCAUGGCAUAGCCCGGGCGAAGCUAAGCUUCGCAUAUCGGACUUAUCCUUAGCGGCCGUGAUGUUUUUUUAUUUUUUGCUUGCCUGGACAUCAUAUUUUUUUUAACAAUGUAUGCAUGCUAUUCUCUUUUGGUGAUAUGGGUUUGUGUUCCAUCGACAGAAUUUUUUAGUGUCUUGCAUAAUGUGGUCUAUGACUAAAAACGUUUUCUUGCUGAUCGUAAAUCUUUCAGCCUGCUAACCAGAGCAUACAGUUAUUGAAAAGAAUAAUUAACUUAUUAGUAUAGCUGCAGUUGUAUAAUAUAUAGAUAAAUCUCAAAUAAACAAGAAUAAAAAGUAAAGAAAGAAAAGAAAAGAAAAAAAAGUAAUUUACGAAAACCGUCCGGGGAUUGGGGGUCAAAACUGCCUAUUUUAGUUAAAUUGAAUUAUAUGUAUUGAUAGAUUUUAGUCUUGAAUCUUCGCUAAGCCUCCCUACGCUUGGUCAAUAUUUGAAGAAAAAGAAACAUAUAGCACUACAUUUGAUAUAUAUAUAUAUUUGGAAGAUUGGCGAGCAGAAUUAUGUCUACAUAUACUGAAAUGUAUUGAAUGUAUCCAUUUAAUCUAUAUAUUUAAGGGUGGGCGUGGCAUAGGCAAUCGUCCUAGUUUGCCAGCCAGCACACACAGGAACAAUACAGUGUCCGGCAGCUGGAGGAGGUACUGCAGCAACAGCAACUCAUAAAUAAAGGGGAUAACGGACGGCCAAGUCUUUUGAGUUUUCGGGUUUCUCAUCGUAUAGUUUUUGAGUAAAAGGAUUGAAUGGUCUGUAUAAUCUGUGAGACUCAUUAUUCGCAUAUGACUUUUAUACCAAAAUCUAAUAGUGAAAUAAGAAGAAGCAAACUUAACCUAUUCAAUUACCCAUGGGCCAAUCUUCGGCCAAACUGCAGGAAUGCAUAAAAAACAAAUAUAGUGACGCGUGGAUAUGAUUAUAUACAACAUAUAAAAGUAUGAUUAUGUAAAUAACGAUAAUCUGUAAAACACUGAAACUGGAGAGGAAAGUAACAAGUGCAUAUAAGCUGAAAAUAAAACACGUAGUUCAAAAAGAAGAAAUCUUACAU